GAAAAUAAAAACUAAAGAAAACAUCAAAAUAAUAAAAAAAAUAUUAUUUUAUUUCGAAAUAUUGUUUAAUUCAAUUUGUGUUGCAAAAUUGUCAGCAGAUUAAAGAUGAAUCGUAACAGAAGAGAAAUUCGAUAUUUUGCAACAAGUGAAAAUCAAAAACCAAGCUGUAUUGAACAGGCCAUCGUUUUCAUAAGCCUUCUCUUUGUUGUACUAACGCUUCCAAUAUCAAUAUUUUUAUCUUUGAUUGUUAUGCCAGAAUAUAAAAGGGCAGUUAUAUUCAGAUGCGGCCGUCUAAAGCGUGGUGGAGCACGUGGUCCUGGUAUUGUGUUUAGAAUCCCAUGUGUCGAUUAUUGUGUAAGAGUUGACUUGCGUACGAUAUCAUACGAUGUACCAGCGCAGGAAAUUCUCACAAAGGAUCACGUAACAAUUAGUCUUGAUGCAGCAGUUUAUUAUAGAAUUUUCGAUCCAUUGCUAGCCGUAAUACAAGUGGAGCAAGUUCAUUUCGCGACCAGAAUGCUGGCGCAGGCGACACUACGCAAUAUAGCUGGACAAAAGCAAGUUUUGGAAUUGAUGUCCGAAAAAGAUUCAGUGUCGAUGGCUAUGGCAGCAAUCUUAAAAUCCGCUACAACACCAUGGGGAGUGUAUGUGGAACGUGUUGAAAUCAAGGAUGUCCGCCUGCCAUUGAAUUUGCAGCGAGCAAUGGCUGCCGAAGCUGAAGCAAUCAGAGAGGCGAAAGCAAAGGUAGUUUCCGCGGAAGGCGAACUGAGCGCUUCCAAGGCCCUUAGGGCUGCAUCUGAUGUAAUGGCUUCCAAUCCCGUAGCGCUGCAGUUACGUUAUCUGCAAACAUUAAGUCUUAUUUCUGGUGAUCAAAACAAAAAUAUAAUAUUUCCGUUUCCCGUGAAUUUGAUAAAACAACUAGUGCUUGGUAAAGGAAGUGAGCCUAGUCAGGGAAGUUCAUCUAAGAAAAAAGUUCCAGACGAAAUGGAAUUAAGUGGCGCUGUUGAUGAAGCACUGGAAGAAGCAUAUAGGGCGUUAGAUGAUGCUAAAAUAUGUAGAUGCAUCGAAUAGUACAAAAAAGGAGCAUAACCAUCGUUGGAGGUAUUGGACAACAUCUUCUGGCAUAACUACUAAUAUAAAUUUUUGUAAAUCAUUACUUCUUAAUUAGCUUUUAUCCUUAAAUACCUAUUAUGAGAAAGAAAUAAAAUUAUGUGCGCAUACA